AUGUACUUCGAAGUCACUUUAGAGAACGAUGACAGUCUAGAGUCAGUGGCAUGGAUUCCUGUACAGGAGCUGGGGCGCCCACAUACAGAAGGUUUGGCAUUUUCUGAUGCCAAAAAAACUUGGUUGGCUUCCAAAACAGAGGGAGACCUUCCGCAGGAACCAGUGCAGGAGCUUGCUCAGAGAGGCAAUGUCCUCUUUGAUCUCACCAGCGCAGGAUGCGUUGCUGGAGAUGUUCUUGGGUGUGUUUAUGAUGCCGACAAGGGUCAGGCCAGCCUCUAUAAGAAUGGAAAGAAGUUGGAUGGCUGGCCGGACCAAGCAGGAGAAGGAGAACGAUUUCCAGAGCUUCGACUUUGGGGAGACAAAGCCAUUUCGUUGAAUUGGGGCCAGAAGCCUUUUGCAUUUCUUUUGUCGGAUGUUUGCCCUCUCCUGAAAAGGCUUUGCUUGAUGGAUGGAAGACUCUGGAGAGCAGAGAAACCGACGAACGAAUUCGGACAUGGAGAAGGCAUACCAACUCAUUUGCAUCCAGACAUCGAGUCCGACCCCGUAGACCGGGAGAAUUUCUUUGUGUCAAUUGGAGAUGUGAUUCUGUGCCUUGAGGAGAAAAAUCAUUGGUUGCGACAUGAAUGGGGCUGGCCCCCUUCCUCCUGCUUCGUGCCCCAUGGCCAUAGCCAUACAGAAGCUGACGAUGAUGUGGAGGGUGUGGAACUUUUAGAGGACGAGAAGGACAGCGAGAAGCACGCGAAGGUGACCUUCAGCCUUCGAGGUCAAUCUCUUUGGACCAUCGUUGCCCAAGAGAGAAGAAAGUUGAAGGAGCUAAGCAUUGAAACUCAAAAGAUUCGGACACUGUCAGAUACAGAAGCUGAAGUGACUCAUUUUCUGGCGCCAAACCAGCAGCAUCAGUUGCAGCAGCUACAACUUCUUGCGCAGCGUGCUGGGCUGCAUGCUGGUGUAGCCUCAGUGCAGGUGCCUGCCAAAACCUGCGGGGUGACCGUGCGGAAGGACACCUGGCAUUUGCUCACGAUCUCUGCAGACCUUCCAUUCUCCAUGGUGCUAUGGCUUGAUGGGGAGCGCGUGUUGGACAUUGAGCCAGAGUAUCCGGGACUGAGGAGGGGAGGACCUUUUUCUUUGGUCGUGGAACACGGCUUGUCCUUCUUUGGGAUGAAAGGCCUUUGCUCCAAGGCGCAGAAGAAAUGGAGCAACUUGGGUGGCCAACUGCGUGAGGUUCGCAUCGCUCUUGGCCAUCUCCCUUCGAAGUCAGACAUCUUGCAACUUCAUCAGCCAAGAGGAGUAUGGCUGUGCCAACGCUCCCAGUGCGAGCGACAAGGGCUGCAGACCCGGAAUUCAUCCACAGCAGCCACAUGCUGGAGAUGCAAGGCUGAGAAAGCCAAGUGUACCGCCACCUCAAAACCCCGACCUAAGACCGGCCUGGUGACCCUGGUGGCAGAGGAGUUCGAGAAACUGGUGCUUGAAAGCGAUCAAUCCGUCUUUGUGGACUGCACAGCUGAUUGGUGCGGUCCCUCUGUUCAAAUCAAGCCCUUGAUCAAACAGUUGGCGAAGAUCACGCAGAAACCUGGCAUUGCAAAUGGGAGUGAUCCGAUCAUUGUUGCAAUGAUGGACACAGAUGAGAAUGAGACCAGUCCCGAGUAUUUCCCAGAGACCUACGUACCAAACAUGAAGCUUUUUGUGAAGGGGAACAAGACAAAUCCUAUAAAGUUUGAUGGCGAGCGGACCCUUGAAGGCGUGUUGCACUUCAUUCAAGAGUACACUGAGAUCAAAGACUUCAAUACAGCUUUAUCUGCAGGAUACCCGGACUAUAAAGAGAAACAUGACAUAGACAACCAAUGA